AUGGUGGGCCCUGGCUUGGCCGCUUGCGCGACCCGUCGGUCCACUACCCCCACAUUCGAGACUGCGAGUGCAGCGCGCUCGAGACAGACUCCAGACCUCUUCGGCUCCCCUGUAAGGAAGAUUCCCUCCGAGGUGGCUGCCCCCGAAGCGGGAAAAGACUGGCUUGAGCUGAACCGUGAAAAGUUGGGAAUGUGUCGAGUGAUUUGGCUACCGUAG